CAAAUUGGGGCAAAUCAAAAUUAGGGUUUCCCGUUUCUCUAUUAGACAAAAUCUCAAAAUCCAAAUCAAAUCAUGCCGAAGAACAAGGGAAAGGGAGGUAAGAAUCGCAAGAGAGGAAAGAACGAAGCCGAUGACGAAAAGCGAGAGCUUGUAUUCAAAGAAGACGGGCAGGAAUACGCACAGGUCCUCCGUAUGCUCGGAAACGGGCGGUGCGAGGCCAUGUGUAUCGACGGCACCAAACGCCUCUGUCAUAUCCGAGGUAAGAUGCAUAAAAAGGUUUGGAUAGCUGCCGGUGAUAUCAUACUUGUUGGUUUGCGUGAUUAUCAGGAUGAUAAAGCUGACGUCAUCCUUAAAUACAUGCCGGAUGAAGCGAGGUUGUUGAAAGCCUACGGCGAGUUGCCGGAGAAUACUAGGUUGAAUGAAGGUAUUGCCGGUGGUCUUGAUGAAGAAGAUGAUAACGCCGGUGAUGAUUAUAUCGAGUUUGAAGACGAAGAUAUCGAUAAGAUCUAAUGUGUGUCAGCUGAUUGGAAUUGGAUAUCGAUGGUUCGAAGAAAAAAGGUAAAGACUGUUAUAUCAGGGUUUGUAAUACAUGAGCUCUAUGAAUGUGAUUUGGUUUUUAAGAUUAUGCAAGUAUUAAAGAUGUUUCCUUUUUUUAUGUGUAAUGCGUUGAAGUCAUGAGAUGUUAUGUAUUCAUGGUUUACAAUUAUUGCUUACAAUCUAAAUAAUCGGUUAUCUGUUUUGUCUUUA